CUCUGUCUUCGUGUGGCCUCGUCAGCUGCGCCUUAUUUCUCCUAGUCCUUCCUCCUUGAUUUGAGUACCACCAGUGACUUCGACUGCUUCCAGCCUACUAUUUCCUAAGAUAAGAAGAGCAAAUUCCAUCGAUCCCAUCAAUUCUUGAUAAUCUUCAUAUUGGUAUUUGAAUUUGUAAGGCUGCAAAAAACAAGAAAUGGAUCAUUCAGCGGAUGCACACAGGACUGAUUUGAUGACCAUAACCAGGUUUGUAUUGAACGAGCAGUCCAAGCACGCAGAAUCUCGCGGGGAUUUCACUAUCUUGCUCAGUCACAUUGUUCUGGGCUGCAAGUUCGUUUGUUCUGCUGUCAACAAGGCAGGCUUGGCCAAGCUGAUUGGGCUUGCAGGUGAGACAAAUGUGCAGGGUGAAGAGCAAAAGAAGCUUGACGUGCUAUCAAAUGAAGUUUUUGUCAAAGCUCUGGUCAGCAGCGGUCGAACAUGCAUUCUCGUCUCUGAAGAAGAUGAACUGGCCAUUGUUGUGGAGCCAUCCAAGCGGGGGAAGUAUUGUGUUGUGUUUGAUCCCUUGGAUGGAUCCUCCAACAUCGACUGUGGUGUCUCAAUUGGAACUAUUUUUGGUAUUUACAUGAUUAAAGAUCACAGUGAACCAAAAUUAGAAGACGCGUUGCAGCCUGGGAAGGACAUGGUAGCUGCUGGCUACUGCAUGUACGGUAGCUCUUGCACGCUUGUGUUGAGCACUGGAAGUGGUGUUAAUGGAUUUACUCUUGAUCCAUCUCUUGGAGAGUUCAUACUGACUCAUCCAGAUAUUAAGGUAAAAAAAAUUCCAAAGAAAGGAAAGAUAUACUCUGUAAAUGAGGGUAAUGCAAGGAACUGGGAUGCUCCGACAGCUAAGUAUGUGGAGAAAUGCAAGUUCCCAAAAGAUGGUUCAUCAGCUAAAUCAUUAAGAUACAUUGGGAGCAUGGUAGCCGAUGUUCACCGGACAUUGCUCUAUGGAGGUAUCUUUUUGUAUCCAGCUGAUAAGAAAAGUCCUAACGGGAAAUUGAGAGUUCUAUAUGAGGUCUUCCCGAUGUCUUUCUUGAUGGAACAAGCUGGAGGACAAGCAUUUACUGGGAAGGAACGGGCACUUGACCUAGUUCCAAAGAAGAUUCAUGAAAGAUCACCAAUAUUUCUUGGUAGUUAUGAUGAUGUUGAAGAGAUCAAAGCACUUUACGCUGAAGAGCAGAAAGCAUAGAUAUGUGAAACUCUUUUACCUUGUUGAUUUGGUCCAUCUGGAGGCUUUGACUGCUAAUUUCUUGGAGCAAAACAAACUGUUCGUUUAGUUUUUCUUUCAAGUUGCAAGACUACUGUAUUGCGGUAAACUCUGUGUGUCAAGAUUGUGAUUCAUGUCAGUGACUAUCACAACUGACAUAGAGAUGCGCUAUGCACAUAUGUUGACAUAAAGAAGCAUGUGUAGAUUUCUACCUCAUUAUUCACUUGUACAUCUUUACUGA